CUCUCCCCAACCCCCCUACAGCCGAACAAGAAGCCCAGCCCCGAUGCACCUCCCCUUGAAGAAAAACCGAAAUCCGAAUCAGCUCUGCUCUGUCCGUUCGAUUGCUGCUCUUGCUGGUUUGUGGGUGCAAAUUCUGGGCAUUUUUAGAAAUUCUCUUGCAAUUCUCGCCGGCUCCUUCCCAAUCUGCACUCCGGUUUUGCUUGCUGGAUUUAUGGUUUUUUAUCAUUCUGUCAGUUUAGCAAUGAGAUCGAGUCUUCGGUUUUAUGCGAGUGAGGUAAGUAGAUUAUGGUAACGCCCUUUGAUUUUAAAGCAUGUUUUGACUUAUUUUUGAAAUGGUGGCGAGACUAAACUCGUUUUAUACAAAAGUAAGUAUGACUGAUUUGAAGUGAAAUUUUUAUGCUUUUCAUUAAAAUGAACAUGCCUACUUGAAAUUUAAUUGAUUGUCCUGAUGAUUUGGAAGUGAUUGGUGAAUUAUGAUUUUUUUGUUAACUUCUGCCUGUUUUGUCUCCGAUGUGGUUAUGUUAUUAAUGACCCUUCUAGUAGGGAUUAAACGCUAGCACAUGUCGACAUGUUAUUGAUAGAACCGGUUCGUUCAAGUGUAGCCUGCCAGUGGGAGGUUUAAACAUUGGCCAUGACCUAUAGAGGAGACGUCUAUUUCGUUCUCGUACUGUAUCCGUUUUUCAUGACUGCACUUGUUGGCAUGCUAUAAGUUUAAUUAAGGGCACUCCAUAUUUUACUUACUGGGUUUAUCUCAUAGUUUUUCCUUGUCCACCAUUUCAGGAAACGAAACCGAGGACGGAGAAACCAUGGGAAGUAACGAGUUAGAAGGGUAGCCAUUUUGAGAUUGAUAUAGAUUUUAGAAAUAAAUCAGGAUCUUGUAAACUAGACUUUAUUGGAGAUUUAUGAUAUUAGAGCAAAUUAUAAAAUUUGAUCGACAAAUUUUGAUGGUAUCAGAUUGUGAAUUGGAUAAGUUCCGAGCCUUAUGCAUUUGUGGGACUUUCUCAUGAGUGCACGGCGUCUGCCACAUCCCCGGAUUUGGGUUCUGGGGCGUAACAUAUAUGCCUUUUGGUCUUCUAUUAUCAACUAUUGCAUAAUAAUUUUAAUUGAGAUUA